AUGUGCUGCAAUUCAGUCAACACUAGUCGUGAGACAAAUGUCUGUCCAGUGAAUGUCUUUGCCCUCAAAUCCAGUCAAUAUAUCCAUCGCUGGAACCGAUCGCUGGCUGACGGCAAGUGUUGGUCACAAGACUGGGACCUAAUGUCUGGCCAAUCGGGUCCGAGACGGGCCAUGAAGGGGACGACAGCCACACAACGCCUCAAACAGGACUACAUGCGCAUCAUUAAGGAUCCCGUGCCCUACGUGUCCGCCCACCCCCUCCACAACAACAUCCUCGAGUGGCAUUACGUGGUUCACGGCCCCGAAGGAACCCCCUAUUCCGGUGGCGUAUAUCACGGAAAGCUACAGUUCCCGUCGGAGUUCCCAUUCAAGCCGCCGGCCAUUUAUAUGUUGACCCCAAACGGGCGCUUCAAAUGUGGCGUCCGAUUGUGUCUC